AAUAGUAAAACACAAAAGUCACGUAUCUCUUUCCUUCUCCACCCGUGACACAGACACUGUUAUCAAUUAGAAAAUUAUUACUCCCCAUCUCAGGCAUAGCCAAGGACAAUUAACGAAGGAUAGGAGAGAGAAUUAGAGGUAGUAGACAUCAACAAUGGUAGGAUGUUGUCCUCCAAUGGAUCUCAUGAGGUCCGAAGAGAUGCAAUUAGUUCAACUCAUCAUCCCUCUCGAGUCUUCUCAUCUCACCGUCUCUUACCUUGGUGAUCUCGGCCUUCUCCAAUUUAAAGAUUUGAACGCAGAUAAGAGUCCUUUUCAGCGAACUUAUGCCAAUCAGAUAAAAAAAUGUGGAGAGAUGGCACGUAGAUUACGAUAUUUCAGAGAACAAAUGUCAAAUGCUGGCAUUUCAGCUCCACCGAUGUUUUUUACCCGAUAUGAUGUUAAAGUGGAUGAUUUAGAGGUGAAACUUGGAGAUUUGGAAGCUGAGCUUUCUGAAAUGAAUGCAAACAAUGAGAAAUUACAGCGCACUUAUAAUGAACUUGUUGAGUAUAAACUUGUCUUGCAGAAGGCUGGAGAAUUCUUCCAUUCCGCUCAAAGAAGUGCUGUUGCACAGCAGAGAGAAACAGAAGCACAGCAAGCUGAGGAUUCAUUGGACACACCUUUACUGUUGGACCAAGACAAGUCAGUUGAUCCAUCAAAGCCUAUCCAGCUGGGUUUUUUGACAGGUCUGGUACCCAGAGAGAAAUCUAUGGCGUUCGAGAGGAUCUUGUUUCGUGCUACUAGGGGCAAUGUUUUUGUAAGGCAGACUGCACUAGAGAAUCCUGUGACUGACCCUGCUUCAGGAGAGAAGGUUGAGAAAAAUGUCUUUGUAAUAUUCUACUCUGGAGAGCGAGCAAAGAACAAAAUUCUUAAGAUCUGUGAAGCAUUUGGAGCUAAUCGUUACCCCUUCAGUGAGGACUUUGGCAAACAAGAUCAGAUGCUGAAAGAGGUUUCUGGAAGAAUUUCAGAACUGAGGACUGCCAUUGAUGCUGGACUUCUGUAUCGUGGCAACUUAUUGCAAACUAUUGGUGAUCAGUUUGAGCAGUGGAACCUUCUGGUGAGGAAGGAGAAAUCCAUUUACCACAUAUUGAACAUGCUUAGCAUGGAUGUAACAAAAAAAUGUCUUGUAGCAGAAGGUUGGUGCCCAGUUUUUGCAACAAAACAGAUCCAAGAUGCAUUGCACAGGGCGACAUUAGACUCAAAUUCUCAAGUUGAAGCUAUAUUUCAAGCUCUGUAUACAAGGGAGUCACCACCAACAUAUUUCAGGACAAACAAAUUUACUUCUGCUUUUCAGGAAAUUGUUGAUGCAUAUGGGAUCGCUCGUUACCAAGAAGCAAAUCCAACUGUAUACACAGUUGUUACUUUUCCGUUCCUAUUUGCAGUCAUGUUUGGUGACUGGGGGCAUGGUAUAUGCUUGUUGCUUGCGACUUUAUACCUGGUAUUAAGGGAAAAGAAGCUCGCCAGUCAGAAACUAGGGGACAUCAUGGAGAUGAUGUUUGGAGGUCGCUACGUCAUUCUGAUGAUGGCGAUCUUCUCAAUUUACACUGGCUUCAUCUACAACGAGUUCUUUUCAGUCCCUUUUGCACUGUUUGGAAAGUCAGCUUAUGAAUGCCGUGAUCCUUCCUGCAAGGAUGCAACAACAGAUGGUUUGAUCAAAGUGAGAGAAGCAUACCCGUUUGGAUUAGAUCCUGUAUGGCAUGGUUCUCGAAGUGAGUUGCCUUUUCUGAACUCCCUAAAGAUGAAGAUGUCAAUCCUCCUUGGUGUUGCUCAAAUGAACUUGGGGAUCAUAAUGAGUUUCUUUAAUGCCAAGUUUUUCAGAAGUUGUGUGGAUAUAUGGUUCCAAUUCAUUCCUCAGAUGAUUUUCUUGAACAGUUUGUUUGGUUACCUCUCUGUUCUCAUUAUUGUUAAAUGGUGCACUGGCUCAAAAGCUGAUUUAUAUCACAUAAUGAUCUACAUGUUCCUAAGCCCAACUGAGGAAUUGGGUGAAAAUCAGCUUUUCCCUGGCCAGAAAACAGCUCAGAUGGUUCUGCUGCUGCUAGCCCUUGUGUCUGUACCUUGUAUGCUGCUUCCAAAGCCUUUUAUUCUGAAAGCCCAGCACCAAAGUAGGCACCAGGGUGAAUCUUAUGUUCCCCUACAGCCAGAAGAAAGCCUUCAAGUGGAAGCUCCACAUUGUUCUCAUGGCGAUCAUGAGGAAUUUGAAUUUAGUGAAGUGCUAGUGCAUCAGCUCAUUCAUACAAUAGAGUUUGUACUUGGAGCAGUUUCAAAUACUGCUUCAUACCUUCGUUUAUGGGCAUUAAGCUUGGCCCACUCAGAGUUGUCUUCAGUGAUUUACGACAAGGUUUUGAUGUUAGCGUGGGGGUACAACAAUGUGCUAAUACUUAUAAUCGGCCUAAUCGUCUUUAUCUUUGCUACUGUCGGUGUAUUGCUGGUGAUGGAAACGCUUAGUGCUUUUCUACACGCAUUGCGUCUACACUGGGUGGAAUACCAGAAUAAGUUUUACUUGGGAGACGGUUACAAGUUCUAUCCUUUCUCGUUUUCAUUGAUGGGCGAAGAAGACGAGUGAACGUCUAAGAGAUAGCUUAGCCAUUUUACUACUAAAUUUAAGUGAACUAAUAUUUGCUUCCUUUGAGAGUACCCUAUUCGAGGAACAUUUCCUAGAAUAAGUUUGCACAGUGUCCAGUGAUGAGAACCUGCCCUUGAAUUGUUUAUUUAUACUUUUGAAAAAAUAACUGGCCUGGGAGGGUAAGUACAGGCCGUGUAAUAUAUACUGCUACAAAAAUCCGAUGGUUUUACUUGGAGGCGAGCAUUAGAUUCAUAAUUCUUGUAAUUAUUAUUCUUGCUCCUUGCACCAAAAGGCCAGAAGAGUGUUUAGUUAUACUCCCGUGGUGUAGAUUUUACUAUAUUUUUCAUUUUGGUCUGUUUCAUGAGA